GAUGCUACCACAGCCGCUGUCGCUGUCAAUCAACUCUACAACUUACUCAAUAACCGCCCACUCACUACGUACAUGUACUCACAACUCUAGCUUGGUACCUUUUCUUCGGCCCAUUACCCAAGACCUGAUCCGAUUGUCGAACCCAAGAAUUCCUUCCCUUCCAUAUCUGUCACAGCACCCGUAUCCGCGUUGUCAUCCAGUAUCUCACCAGGCAUCUCUACCUUGAACAAACAUCUCUCCUAACACCCUCAUCCGUUAUCACCACCCUUCAAAGCCUUGGUACUCGUUCAAGCACCGAAUCUCCUUCUCGAGAGAUGCCCUCUGCACACCUCUGUCUGCGAUGACUGCACAACUGAUGCCACUGUCCGCAACCACUCCCUAAAACCCCAACACAAAUCCUGAGAUGCCAUCCGUGGCCGCCGAGCCACCUCUCUCCCUCGUCUCCAAUAGCGCCAAUUCCUCUUUCGACGGCCUCCCUCGCAAGUCCCAUGACAAGACCAUCAGUGGCGUCUUUACGUAUACUAAUGGUACCGACGUCGAGACUGGUCUCCCCGAACACCGGCGCGAUCACUUCAAGAACUUCCGAAACAACAGUCACAACUCCUUGACCAAUGGCAUGCCCAACGGCAUCCCCAGACCCUCGCGAGACCGAGCUCAUUCAAAAGCUGGUAGUACACACUCUUCCUCGAGCGUCGCCGCGAAAGGUGUAGAGAAUCUUUCAAGGAGCCCCAACUCCCUCGAUGGCAUGAGCAAAUUGUCGAGCGUAGAGAGCGCCUCUCCAGAACGCCCCAAUGGCGCUGUCGCUCAACCGUCCAGUGGCCCGACGCCUGAGUUGGCCAAACUCAAGACAGAUAUGCCACCUACAAAGGAAGAGCUCGACACUUCCCACAUGGCCACAGCCUCCACCGUCCCAGAUUCCGCCGCGAUACAGGGGAUUACCUUGUCCCCUCAAACCGGCCGAGCCCAUUCCCAGUCGUUUCCUCGUAUCGCGUCGCCUUCUGUUCUAUCAGCCGGCGCAGGUGCAUCGUUAGGCAGUAUUCCGGACCUUGCGCCGCCGACCGAAAGUCCCAAACUCACCCACCGUCAUACCCUUCAGGUUCCCAAAUCGAGUCUCUCGGUUGCUAGAAACUCCCGCGACUUUUCGUUUUCUGGUGGACCUUCAGAGGAGGCUCUGUCUGCUUCCGGUCGCUUCUCGCCCACUCGUGAUCAUUUUGAUUCCAGCAUUGCACGACAUCGAAGAGCUUCAUUAGGACUAGUGCGGAGGACAACACGUUCCAUGCAAUCAGAUGUUCAUCUCGACGAGGUUGUUCCGGACGAGGAUGCUGCACGUUGGACAGAGUUGAUCAAACAGAAAAGGGCGAGCCGACGCAAACGGAGGGAAGAGGAAGACGAAGACCGUGUUAUCGUGGGCAAAAAAGUGGAAGAAGGUCAUGUCAACUGGGUUACGGCUUACAACAUGUUGACCGGUAUUCGCUUUACUGUAUCGAGGACCAAUGCCAAGAUGGAUCGAGAGUUGACCGACGCCGAUUUCGACGCCAGGCACAAAUUCAGCUUCGAUAUCACCGGGAAUGAAUUGACGCCGAGUGCCAAGUACGACUUCAAGUUCAAGGACUACAGCCCUUGGGUAUUCCGACACCUGCGAGCCAUCUUUGGUCUGGACCCCGCGGAUUAUCUCGUCAGUCUGACCAGCAAGUACAUUCUGUCAGAACUCGGCAGUCCUGGGAAAUCGGGCUCUUUCUUCUACUUUUCUCGCGAUUACAAGUACAUCAUCAAGACCAUUCACCACGCCGAACACAAAUUGAUGAGGAGGAUUUUGAGGGAGUAUUAUCAUCAUGUGUUGGAAAAUCCAAACACUCUCAUCUCCCAAUUCUACGGACUACACAGGGUCAAGAUACCCUAUGGUCGGAAGAUUCAUUUUGUGGUCAUGAACAACCUAUUUCCGCCUCAUCGAGAUAUCCAUCAGACAUUUGAUCUGAAAGGCUCAACGGUCGGCCGAGACUUCAAGGAGGAAGACCUCGCCGCCAACCCCCGAGCGACCCUCAAAGACUUGAAUUGGCUCAGGCGAGAUUUACAUCUUGAAUUUGAGGCGCAUAUCCGCCAGAUUUUCCUAGACCAGUUGAAGCGAGAUGUGGCAUUGCUGCAAAGGCUGCACAUCAUGGACUAUUCUUUACUGGUGGGAAUGCAUGAUCUGGAGAAGGGAAACGAGGAGAAUCUCCGGGAAACGACGCUCAAGGUGUUCCAGCCAGGAGGUGAACAAGAGACUGACGACCGCGGAACGAUGUUGAUUAGAACUCCAUCACGGCUGGAAAACGCCAAGAAGGCUCGAGAACUAAGACUGACACUGAAAAAGGAGAAGCCUAUCGCAAUGGGCAUGACCAGUGCCAAAAUGCCGUCGGAGCUGUCCUCAGGGGAUGAAAGACGUGACCGAGUGUUCUACAGCUUUGACGGUGGGAUUCGAGCUUCUCACGAAGACGGCCGAGGUGGUGAAACAAUCUACUAUCUCGGCCUGAUUGACUGUUUGACUCAUUAUGGAAUCAUCAAACGCAUCGAACAUUUCUGGAAAGGACUGUCGGCACCAAGAACACAGAUAUCGCCCAUCCCACCACAAGCGUAUGGAGAUCGAUUCCUGAACUUCGUUACCGGAGUCACCAUGACGCAGGAGGAAGCGGAGCGACGAAAGACAGAGGAGAGCGGUCGACACGGCGAGCAGACCACAUCUGUGCCCAGCAACGAUCCAGCCCAAGCGAGCUCGAGCGGGGGUGGCCGAGACGGCGAGUCUAACGCACUAUCUCCAGUGAUGAGUCCAGAUGUGGAGAAGACGAUGAGAAAAGCACAAAAGCAAGCCGACAAAGCGACGCCGCCGGAGAAAGGAAGAAGUGGAAGCGAAGAAGAAAAGCCCGAUCGAACACUCCGAACGACGGAGGAAAGUCGAAGCAAUGCUCUCCUUCCAGUUGUUCAGGAGGCAGGAGAGGGCGGGGACUCGAGUGCAAAGGAUGACACGAUGAAUGAGAAGACGGAAGGCUGGACUCAGGACGAAGUAAUCGCGGCAUCUCCAAGUCCGCUCUCUUCGAUUCCUGCCGUACGGAAGGUGUCUCCAUCGACGAUUGGAACCGCAACCGACUUUGGAGACGAUACUAGCACAACCAGUCCACUGCCGCCGGGAGCAGUCGAUGUGGAAUCUAGCUCGAAAAUACGGGUUGGACCGGACGAUGACGACAUUCCAGAUCAUGUGUUGGAUCGCCAGUUUGAGAAACCGCCGCGGAUAGCUAGUGAUCUGAUCAAACCUCAGUCGCCCUUGGGAGAAACAGUGUUCAAGUCGUUGGAUGCACAUGUCGAAUCGGAGCGGUGAGGUCAAGUUGGUUUCUCUGGAAUGUCUCCCACCAACGCACACGCACACCGCAUUCUAUUACAGACCUGAAGAUUGAGCGAUGGGAUUUGCCAGCCUUGAACCGGCCAUGCAAUUGGUGUUUUGAAGAGGGAGUUUGACUUUUUCGGUGUUAUUCGUGAUAUGGGCGCUCUUGGAGCAACUUAAGAUUGAGAGCGCAGUCGCAGUUGAAUCGAAUGAGAACCCCACACACACAUGACAUUUGACGCCGCGAUGACGGAGAGCAUCGACUAUCUCUACAGAGAACAAGUCUUGACUUUUUUUCAUAUGUAGAUUGCUUUGCAUGGAUUCAAUGUUUGAUAUUCUUGCGAGGCUUGGGGGCUGAGGGCUUGGGGACUUGCUUGGUGGGUGAGGGCUUGAUCUGAAAAAGCGGGAAGGGUGGGAGCGAGAAUUCCCUUUGUUGUUGUAGCAACCACCCACAUCACAUCCUUCUGGACAUUGCUUGGAUGGGAGGAAGGGAUUUGGCGUAUGCAAAAUGAGGUCACGUUGACGGUGGUUCUGGGCAGUGUUACUACUCCUACAACUACUGAUGCAGGACAUAUCACAAGUCAAUAAAAUCCUAUAUCGCGGUGAAGUUUGAA